AUGCCGUCCUUCCUCACCUCGGCUUCUGCUGGGCGCGGCAUCUCCCGCGUCAACUCCUUCUCACGCGACUGGGGAGAGGAGGAGCAGGUACCCUCCAGCGCACCGAUCGAGUGGUCCCCAAGUCCCCCGCGCGUCAAGCACAAGCUUCCCUUCUCCGCCCCGAAGCCCCCAGUUGCCUCCACCUCCGCUUCUAGUUCCGUCCCCGAUGACGGGUUGACGCCACAAGAGCGGCGCCGCCGCGCGAUCCUCGAGGCGCUCUCGCCCAACCCCUCUCCCGCGACGACAUCUGCACCUGCCCGCGCGACCAUCUCUUCGUCGCUGGCUGGCCCUCGCUCGAAUAGCGUGCCCCUGAGGCCCUCGUCCUCGACAUUGUUACCCUCCAGCAAAAUCAACUUCCCUAUGAAGGCCCACAAAGCGAAGCCGCUGUCAGCCGCCGCCGCCGAGGUGCAAGCUCUUCCUGAACUCCCGACCCUCGACAUCAAGAAGCGCCUCAAGCCGUGGGAGGAUGACUUCUCUUCAGCGAAGAAGGUCAUGGAGACUGGGGGGUUAUCUCGCACCAACUCCUCUUCCAGCGUCGGCACAUCGAGGAAGAAGACGAAACCUUCCUUACCUACGGUCAACAUCAGAAACAAGCUUGUCUUGAGUACAGAGCAGCAAGAGGUGCUCAAGAUGGUUGUCGACCAGGGGCGGAACAUCUUCUUCACUGGUAGUGCUGGCGCAGGCAAGUCCGUCCUACUUCGUGAGAUCAUCAAGUCGCUGCAUAUAAAGUAUGCCAAAUCCGCCGAUGCUGUAGCUGUCACCGCCUCGACUGGCAUCGCGGCCUGUAACAUUGGUGGUGUCACGCUGCAUUCGUUCGGCGGCAUGGGGCUUGCCACCGAAGAAGCAUCUAUACUCGCCAACAAGGUCAAGCGCAACAAGAAGGCUGCUGCCCGUUGGUCGCGCACGAAGGUGCUGAUCAUCGAUGAGAUUUCCAUGGUUGACGCGGAACUCUUCGACAAGUUCAACAAGGUCGGUCAGAUCAUGCGCAAGAAACCGGGAGUCCCAUUCGGCGGGAUGCAGCUCAUCUGCACUGGUGAUUUCUUUCAGCUCCCUCCCGUCACGAAGAACGGCGAACCCCGUUUCUGCUUUGAAUCAACGACUUGGACCCAGGCGAUUCACAAGCAGGUUAACCUCUCGAAGGUCUUCCGUCAGAAGGACGAGCGCUUUGUCAACAUGCUGAACGAGAUGCGCUUCGGCCGGCUCACGCCCGAGUCCAUUGAGACCUUCCGCCGGCUCGACCGCCCCAUUCCAUGCCCUGAGGGCAUUGUUCCAACUGAGCUUUUUCCGCGUCGUGAAGAUGUCGACCGGUCCAACAUGACGCGCCUCAGAAACCUGAGCACGGAAACCAAGACUUACGUUGCCCAGGAUGGUGGUGUAAUCCAGGACAAAAUUCAACGUGACAAGAUGUUGUCCAACUUCAUGGCGCCACAGUCUCUCGAGCUCAGGGUGGACGCGCAGGUCAUGCUCAUCAAGAACAUUGACGAGACGCUCGUCAACGGGAGCAUGGGGCGCGUCCUCGGAUUCUGCGAGAAGAUCGCAUUCGUCACCGACACCAACGGACGCUGGCGCGAGGGCGGCGUGCGAGAGGACAUCCAGAGCCGAGACGGUCAUGACGACGAGCAGAAGGAGAAGAUGUUGUCCAAGUAUGACGCGCAGGUCAGCUCUUCGACCGCCAAGUUCCCCGUCGUCCGGUUCUCCACGCCCGGCGGCGGCGUCCGUGAUAUGUUUGUCGAGUACGACCAGUUCAAGAACGAGCUGCCCAACGGUGAAGUUCAGGUAUCGCGGGCGCAGCUGCCGCUCAUUCUCGCUUGGGCCAUGUCAAUCCAUAAGGCGCAAGGGCAGACGCUGGAGCGCGUAAAAGUCGACCUCAGCAAGGUAUUCGAGAAGGGGCAGGCGUACGUUGCCCUCUCUCGUGCGACGUCGCUCGAGGGCCUGCAAGUCAGGGGCUUCCGUCCAGAUAAGGUGAUGGCGCAUCGCAAAGUCGCCGUCUGGUCGCGUAACCUGGACAACAUCAAUGUGUAA